AUGUCUUCCGGGGAGUGGGACCUGCGUGCCCUAAAGGCGCUCGAGGAGGAGGAGCAGCGCGAGUUCCUGGCCCUCAGCCAGCGGAACCUCUUCGAUCCGCUGCCGAAUCCCACGGCGGAUGUGCCCAGUGCGAAGCCUCCACUGACCUAUGCCCAACUGCAUCCUCACCUGCUCAAGCUGCCGACGAUUGACGAGUGCCAGUUGAUGGCCGUGAAGCAGCAGAGAUCGGCGGCCCUGCGAUUCAGUCGUGCCCUCUCCCUGUCCGCCCACUCGCUCACCUCCCGAACCGGAAGCGGUACGGGCGGCGGAAGCGGAAGUGGCCUGGGCUUUGGCCGUAAACUGAAAGCCCGCUUAGUGGGCGCCAAGUCGAGUGGCUCACUGUCGCCCGGUCGCCACUCGCAUAGCUACAGUGUUUCCCCGGUAUAUACGCCGCCGCCCAUGCGAAGAUGUGCCACCUUGCAUCACACGCAACCGGUGCGAAAGGUCUUCAAAAAUCUCCAACAGCUGCAGGAGCGGAAACGCCAGGCGGCCGGAAGUCACCUGCAGAGGAUCGCUGGCACCGGAAAGACGUACUGGAAGUACGGAGCCAACUCGACGGCUGCCUCGAUAGUGGGCCAACGUGCCCGCCAAAACCAGCAGAUCGAGAUCGAGGAGUCGAACGGUUCGGAUGAGGUGAACUCGGAGCCGCAGGAAAUCUCCGAGGCGGAAACGGGCUCCUGCAGUGUGCCGCUCCCGUCCAAGGACACCAAUGAGAUACUCCGCCUGAUGCUCAGUGCGGCCAGUUCGGCGGUGACUGUGACGCCAGCGGCGGCGGCCAUUGGCAAUGGUAGCGUGGCCGGAGCAACUGGUGGCGCCCCGCCAAUGCGACGCUAUCAGAAUGCCAGCGAUGCUGAGGAGGACGAAACUGUUGCGUACGGAGCUUUCCACCAGGCGGCCAAAAGCUUCGAGAGCGGCGCUCUCCUGCGAGUCCUGCGAGUCGGCAGCUUAACAGCCCAAGAGAGCGACGACGCUAAAGUUAAUGCCAUGAGCCCCAGUCCACAGGACAGUCCCGCCAGGGAAACACAAUCCACAGCGUUGGGUGGGGGUGGACCGGGUGGCAGGCGGAUGUUCAAGUCCGGCUCAUUGGAUUGGCCCGGGGAAGUGCAACAACAUCAGCAUCAUCUAUCCCCGCAGCAACAUCGGGCUGCGAAUCACGUGGAGCUGGUGCAGCGGGAUCACUGGGAUCUCGAGCACGCCCACUUCCAUCACGAGGCACUGGGACACCUCCCAGCCAGCGCCACCGUCAUCGAUGACGAGCUGGAGCAGCAUAUCAAACACUGCUCCUGCUCCUGCAACCACAUGGGCUACGGCAACUCAAUGGACUAUCAGACGACUGGCUUCGGUGGACUGCCCGACGUCACCGAGCACUCGAACAUCCGCCGCACACUGUCCCGCCAGAACUCGAUCUCGAACAGCGAUUCCGGCGGCGAGAUAGCCAGCAUCCAGAAGUCAAAGGUGAACUUUGGCAAUCCUCUGGCCGGCGGCGUGGUCGUGGGCGGAGAUAUAGUGGGUCUGGACGCCAAGUCGCCCACAUCGCUGGGUUCCACAACUGGAGGUGGCGCCACUGGCAAAGCAAAGGGUAAGGCGUCGAGGAAAGCGAAUGCCGGUGCAGAUGGCGGACAGAAGGGCAGGCGAGGAUCCUGGCUGGUGGCCAUCACUCUGGUCAGCGCCAUCUGUCUACUGGCCAUCGCCGCCACGUUGGCCUACCAGCACUUCCUCAUGGCGCCCAGCCGCAAUUCCCAUGCCCAAAGACUGAGAAUCGUCCGUCGAAUCCUGCGCGAGGUGCCGCUGGUCGACGGGCACAACAAUUAUGCCUGGAACGUUCGCAAGUACGCCCACAGCAGCCUGGAGCUCCAUCUCAGCCACGACGUGGACCACAAGUCGCUGUGGGCGCGGCCGGCGUGGGCGCAAACGGACAUGGAGCGACUCAAGCAGGGAUUAGUCAGCGUCCAAGUGUGGUCAGCAUAUGUGCCGUGCGAGGCGCAGGGCUUGGACGCGGUCCAGUUGGCUCUGGAGCAGAUCGACAUUGUGCGGCGCCUGUCGGACAUGUAUGCCCGGGAAACGGUGCUGGCCACAUCCUCGCAGGACAUUGUCGAGGCACAUCGCCGUGGACUGCUGGCCUCGCUGAUUGGUGUGGAGGGUGGCCACACGAUUGGCUCCUCCCUGGGGGUGCUGCGAUCCUUUUACUCCCUGGGCGCACGCUAUCUCAGCCUGACGCAUCGCUGUGACGUCUCGUGGGCGGGAUCGAGUGCAUCGCCGGCGGAACAGGGACUCACGCCCUUUGGCAAGGCCAUUGUGCGUGAGAUGAACCGACUGGGCAUGAUGAUUGAUCUGUCGCACAGCUCGGAUGCCACGGCCAGGGAUGUACUUCAGGUGACCCGCGCUCCGGUCAUCUUCUCCCACUCCGCCGCCCGCCAGCUGUGCAAUUCCACGAGGAAUGUGCCGGAUGACAUUUUGCGCCUGGUGGCCGAGAAUGGCGGUCUAAUCAUGCUGAGCUUCGACUCCGAGGAUGUGGCCUGUGGGCGGCAGGCGCGCCUCCAGGAUGUGAUCGAGCAUAUUAAGUAUGUGCGGGCAAUUGCCGGCAUUCAGCACAUUGGACUGGGCGCCGGAUACGAUGGCAUCGAGCUGCCGCCCUUGGGGCUGGAGGAUGUGUCCAAAUAUCCGGAGCUAUUGGCCGCCCUGCUGGAGGAUCACAACUGGAGCGAGGAGGAUGUGGCCAUGCUGGCGGGCAGGAAUUUCCUGCGCAUCAUGGAGACGGUGGAAACGGUGCGGGACUACUGGAAGCGAGCGGCCAUCCAGCCCAUCGAGCAGACGGAGCCGCAGCCCAAGACGCAGUGCACCUACAUGUCCUCGUGACCGCAGGCGCAGGCGGUGAGGCAGAGACGCGAUGAGCCGCCCAUGGAGCGGGCCAAUCGCACCACUGCCACCUUGGCGGGCGGGGAGGGCUACUGGCAUCACGGUCCGGAGUCGACGGACUCCGCCUCCAAUCGCACCAAUCCGGCGGUCAUCGCGGCCACGGCA